UAUGUAGCGCUUAUGGUAUUCCCACAACAUUUAGCCGCCUUGUACUCCCCGAGACGUGCAGACAUGUUGGCCAUCGUCGUGUUCGCUCUGUUGUCCCUUGCCUUCGGGCAGACGCCGACGCCAUGCCAGUCUCCGAUGGAAUGGACAGGGCAGCGCAUGGUGAUCGACAGCAGCAAGUCGUUCUACGAGCGUGCCCGUGUGUACUACGAUGCCACAAACAAGCGCGUGCGUCACGUGGAGGAGAUCGAACAGGGCCGUGAGAGAGACUUCUAUGACGUGUUGUAUCUCUUUAACGAGAAAAAGGAAUAUCGCGUCAAUCUACACACAAAGAAGUGUAACGUCACCACCCUGACUCGCGAAUUUCGGCCAGUUGGUGUCCCGGCCGACGCCAAGUUUUUUGGAGUGGCAGAGAUUGGAGCACCGAACAUCCCACUAGAGCACCUGACCACUGUGACCUUCGGUGGGAAUUAUACCACGGACAAAGUGCGUUACUUGACCACCGUGACAUCACCAGACUGUGUACCGAUCGCCGACAACUACUACAAUGACGUUACUGGAUACGUUGAAACCAGGUAUUUUGAGAUUAGACCUGGCACCGUGGACCCGGCGCAUUUCCAGCCUGAUAGCAGUUGCAUGUAAUAGAUCAGUUGUGUAUGAAAUAAAUUCGAAAUAUCGCAAAUAUC